AUGUUACAGAAACCAGCAACUCGGAUCACCAGUUGGUCCACUGAAAUCAUUAUCAUUACUGGAGGAUCACAUGGUAUUGGUGCUGUCUUGACAGAUAUUCUUGCUAAUACAAAGAAAGUCAAAAAGGUUGUUGUUCUGGAUAAGAUUCCUCCAACUAUCCAAGCAGAAAAUGUGUGUUAUUUCGAAUGCGAUGUAUCUGAUUCUAAAGCUGUCGAGCAAGUUGGUAGCAAGAUCGUCAAUCAAGUUGGCAAUCCGACCGCUUUGAUCAAUAAUGCUGGUAUUGUUUCGGGUAAAACCAUGAUGGAUCUAACAGUAUCUGAAAUCGAGCAAACUAUUGGAGUCAAUCUUUUGGGACCGUUUUAUACCAUCAAGGCGUUUCUUCCUGGAUUCAUGGAUCGAAACAAGGGCCAUAUUAUUAAUAUAGCGUCUGUUUUGGGUCUUUCUGGAACAGCGCAAGUUAGUGAUUAUUGUGCUUCUAAAUUUGGAGUGGUUGGAAUGACUGAAUCGCUACGACAAGAGAUUGCUCAUAGCAACGUGUAUGUGACAUGCGUGUAUCCUGGAUUGACAACGACAGGGAUGUUUGAAGGGCUUAGUCAUAAAUUCCCAUGGCUUACGCCGUUUAUGGAACCAAAGCGAGUUGCUCAUGCCAUUGUUGAUGCUCUGGAAUCUGGACAAAGUCAUGAUAUCAAGUUUCCACUUUAUGCUCAUGCACUACCGCUUCUUCAUAUUCUUCCAAUCGAAAUUUCCGAUCUUGUCAAAUGUUUUCUUGGAGCAAAUGAUGAUAUGAAGGAAUUCAAGGGAUCUAUAUCUGCAUCAUUGUAUAAAUCAAUGACUGAUGUCAAAUUGUAUCCUAGACCAGACAGACUUCAAGAUCCACAAUGA